GACUGUAUAGCCCAGACAAGGUGUAACUGGCUGUUCGCUGAUUACUGGUUAUUAGCUUAUUAGUAUUUGCUGUUGGUUCUAUAUAGUGUCGAACCCCAGUUAUCAUCGGCACCGUGAUUUGGAGAACAAGUUUCUCCAUUUUUGUCCAAAUUUCCCGUGCAGUGUGUGCUCGUAGUCAGUCAUGGGCGAUCACUUGAGAUUACGAUUUAUGCUGUUCUGCUUAGUUGCGGUCAAUGUACAAUGUGCGAUGGAGGCCAGUAACAAUAUUACUACCACUUUACAUGGAGAACUUCCGGAUUCCGAUCAAUUCGAAGGAUUCGACAAACUGACCACCAGUCUGUGCGCCGACGCAAACACCGAUAAAUCGGCCAACGUAUCUCAUGUCAAGGAUAAGCUACAGCGGCUGGUCGGUGCCAGAUCCUACCUGAACCAGACGGACAUUCCCGCCGAUCAGCAAGACGUCUUAUUUCUCGCGCAGUUCAACGGCUUGUUAGCGCUGCUGGAACACGUUGGUCUGCACAGUUUGUUGGCGUAUGUAGUUAAUCGCAACUUUUCCGUCUGUGAUUGGGAACAGGCGCUUAAUUACGCGUGGACGCCCAGCUUUGGUAAACUGCAACUUCAUGUUUAGCAGUUUUCACAAUUUUCGCAGCCAUCGCGCAUGAUGCAUG